GCAGCAUUCUUGUGCAAACCCUUGCUGAGAAGCAGAGCUCCUCUUAGCAAACACUGUUAAGGUGAUACAGUCGUGGAUUGUCUCACUGAGGGAGCCAGUUUUUCUGCCUGUAUCAAAAUAUUGGAGAGCAUUGGAGAAUCCAGGAUGGCAAGACAGAUGUGAAGUCACUCAUGGCGAAAUUUAACACAGGUAACAGCCUCACAGAGGACGCUUCUGGUAACGGUCGACCGUUCAAAGUCCCAGGACAACCUAUCCAUAAAGAAUUACAGACAAGGAAAGCAGCACUUGAGAAAUUUGCAAGCCCAGGUAAUGCAGCUUCUUCAGCAGCCAGUACCUUUCACAAACCUGUUCAAACUAGACCUCCUCUUGCGAUCAAGCCUUCAGUUGAUGAUAAAACAGAGAAGGAUCCAAAGCCCCCCUAUUUGAAACCAGUGUCACUGAGGUUUGGGGUUCAGCUUCAGGCAUCUAACAGAGAAAAUGACGGAAAAGCUAGAUGCAUUAAACCUCCCACCCAAACCAGUGACUUGGCAAAAGAAGAACCAAAGCCUCUGUUUCCAAAACCUGCAGUGAACAAGUUCCUUAACUCUGCUUCUCAUGAGAAAGAAAAGAUUUCUCUGGGAAUAAAACCAAAUUCAAAUCUUGCAUCACAGGAAAGUGAGAAAAAAACAGCGUUUUCAAAAGUAUCUGAAGUUAAAGAAAAGUUCAUGUCUGCAACACAAGAAAAUGAGAUGAAACCUCCUUUCUCUAAACCACCUCUUGCACAGAAACCUUCUCUAAACCAUGAAGUCUCUCACAAUGAAGACAUUUCUCAUAAAAAUAUGUUUCUUCAAAAAGGACUAUCAGGCCCUAGACCAAAUAUACACUCAUUUAAAACAGCAAAGGAAGUGGAUGAAAAUAGUAACUGUGCUGCAGGUAAUAAUUUUUCUAACAUGGCUCUGAAGCCUACUGGCCACUGGUCCAGUUCAUCUCAAGGCACUCCUAAAAAAUUGGAGGAAAUGACUGAAGAAACUGGAAUGAAUUCUGCCAAGAACAUCUUUCUCAGCAAAAUCACCCAGGAAGAAUCAGAUUCUCCUUCUCCAAAGAUGCAUAAAACAAAUACAGCACUUGCUGCAGGAAGGCCCUCGGGUGGAUCACCAGAGGAAGAUCAGGACAGGACCUCAGAAACCCCCAAGAGGAAAGCCUUGCCCCCGCUGUACAAGCUGGGCCAGCCCCCACAGAAGCCCAGCAGACCACCCAGCGUGGACUUGGAAAAGUUCUGGAAGAGCAGCCCAAAAGAUAGUGCUAAAAAUGAAGGCUUGAAAGAGACAGCACCUUCCCCUGCAGCAUUCUCUGCACCUGUACCUCCACUACACUCUGCUAUGCUAUUGCCACCUCCUCCACCAGCCUCUCACCCAUCCCUGCAGGCACAAGUAUCUCCCAGCCUGCCUCCCAGGAACAUCAAGCCCAUCUCUGAAACAGUAAGUCCGGACGCUGAAGAAAAUUAUGAUGAUGUUGAAUUUGUUUCACAGGGUCAUGGAAACACAGAGGGGGGCCAGGGAAGUGAUGGAGAGAUGUAUGAAGACAUAAAUGACAUCAGAUCAUCAAAGGGAAAAGAGAAGAAACUGGAGAAGGAAGACAAGAAAAGAAUGGACCAAGAGAAAAAAGAACAAAAGGAAAAAGAAAAGAAAGAGCAGGAAAUAAGAAAGAAGUUUAAAUUAACAGGACCCAUCCAAGUCCUUCAUCAGGCACGAGCUCGUGUUGAGCACAAGGGAGGGAAGAAUGAGCUGACUGUCAAACAGGGGGAUGAGAUUGAAAUCAUUCGCCUCACUGACAACCCAGAAGGAAAGUGGCUGGGCAGGAUAAAAGGAUGUUAUGGAUACAUUAAAACAACCAUGGUGGAGAUUGAUUAUGAUUCUUUAAGAAGAAAACAACAACCAUCUACCAGAGCGGCUGUGAAACAACCAGAGAGUGAUCAAGAAGUGUAUGAUGAUGUUGGAGAGCAGGACAGUAUUAGCAGUCAGAGUGGCAGUCAAAGUGGAGCUGGAAAUAUGUUAGCACCUCCUCCACCCGAUCAAGAAAUUUACAAUGGGAUUGAUGAUGAAGAUGCUGUAACUAGGUCUAUAUCACAGGAUGAAGAUAAGAAUGGUAUCUGGUCCUGGGGAAUCUUGAAGAGGCUAAAAGUCAAAGAUGACAAAAAGAAAAGUAUACGAGAAAAAACAGCCAAAGUCAAUGGGGCAGAAGAUAAUGGUGAUUUGUUUAUGUCUCAUUCAACAAAGCGGUUUGAAAAAGAUUUUGGAGACAAUGAUGUUUAUGAUGAUGUAGAUUCUUCAGACUUCUCUCCUCUGCCACCUGAACUCAAGCAAGUGAAAAUGGGAAUUACUCCCCUGAUUAGAAACCUCUCAUCAAAAUCAGCAAGCCUUGGAAAACAUAAAUCAGAUGAAAAAGAUGGACAAAAGCUUAAAAAGAUGGAAAGAGAAGAGAAAGAAUUCAGAAAAAAGUUCAAAUUUGAAGGUGAAAUUAAAGUUCUUUACACUACCACCACAGUCCAGGAUUUGCCCCAGAGAAAAUGGGGAUCUAAAGACUUACAAGUUAAACCAGGAGAAUCUCUUGAAAUUAUAGAAAGUACAGAUGAUACCAAAGUCCUUUGCAGGAACGAAGAAGGAAAAUAUGGCUAUGUUCUGCGAAGCAAUUUAAUUGAGAAUGAUGGACAGAUUUAUGAUGAUAUUGGUGAUGAGUGCAUCUAUGAUAAUGACUGAUUCAGAAUUCUAUACAAGAAAGAGCUUCAUUGAAGAUCAAAAUCUAUUUCGGACUUCCUGAUUGUGAAAGCAGGAGAACUCAAAAAAAAGCUGGUUAUAAUUUAAUCAGUUGCAUUCUUCUAGAUGUACAAUUAACCUUUCUGAGAAUUUCAGGGUUUUGCUCUCUAUUGCUUUGUAUGACAUACGUAUUGAUGUUUCUCUGAGCAACUAAAAUUCAGAGAAUAGGAGCUAAAGUUAAGGUUAUAAUUUUUCACUUUCUUUACACAUUUGUGACAGCCCAUGUGAAAACAGUUUUUCAAUUAGCUACACACAAAGAGACCAGGUCAGAUCUAUGAAGGAUACAGAGGCCAAUAAACACUGGAAACAGCUUUUACUCUGUCUUUGGGCUAUUACAUACCAGAGACUGCCAAUCUGGGUAGGACAGUAUCCUGAAAAAAAUCCUUCCUUUUGUGAUAACAUCCUGUGGUGAAAACAGGAAAUAAAAAAUGGGCAUCAGAGAAGACAAUACCUUGCCCACCUGCAAUUCCAACUCCAAUAGUGUUAGCUACACUGACAUGUACAGCCAGGUACCAUUACUGCUGAAGUGUCUUGCUCUACAUUGUACCAAUGAUAGAAUACUGUUUCUAAAUUUACUUUACCACUGUUACUAGAUUUACUUGACCAUUUUGGAAGUACUUUUUCACUAAUAUCCAUAGUAAAAUAGUAACAAUGUUAUAUGUCUUGCAUAUAGCACUAAGAAAUAAACCAUAGCAGAGUCUAGUUUAUAGCACAGUGUUCUUCAAAAAAUGCUCAGAAUAUUUAGGUAAAGAUUUAAUUUCUGUUUUGUUUGAAGAUAGUUGUUGUUGUCACUGUAGUAGUUUAGGCAUUAAAAUUUACCUAUAAAUCAAUGACAAACCUGUUGGAAAUAACCUCUAGACUAAAUACGUAUUUAUCACUCAAUUUUGAUAAUAUCUUUUUCUUUUAAAUACUGUAUCUUACACUAGAGUUGGCUAAAUGAGGAUAUAGAAAUUAAAUAUUUCCAUGGUUAUCCAUUCAGGACACAACAUUUUUUUCCCAAAGAAAAUUGGUGAUGCUGUUCUCUGGAUGAGUAAGUAGCAAACCAAAGUAUAAUGAAUGGAUUACUCAAUAAUAAAUAGCACUCUGCACUUAAAUCUCCAAACUCAUUGGAAAUCAAAAUAUAGUGAACUCCCAAUUAAGUGGGUGAGCAUGCAAAGAAAAUGGAACAAGCAUUUGUAAUGUGUAAUGCUUUGGCUGUACUGCAAGAUAAUCAAAAGCCUGUAACAGCCAACAUGGCUGGAUCAGUGUAAGCAACUGCUCUUGAUAACCAAGUCUCCUAUAAUCCUCAAGGGAAGCAAGAUACACCAUGCAGACCAGUGCACUGUAGCAAGCUAGCAAAUUUAGCUUAUAAACAUGACUUUUGUCUAUGCUCUAUGUCAGUGAGUUAUGGUCUUACCUUCAGUGGAGCUAAGACUUCAACUUAAGAAAGUGCCUUUUAUUGACAACUCAAAAUACAGUAUAGCUCUAAGGAGGUAUAAUGCUAUGGGGAUAUCAAACAUAAAACUGUAGAGAUAAUAGCCUAUAAGCUAUUUUAUGUUGUAUUUAAAAUCAUUGAUAAUAUACUGAAAAGCUGUAUGCAGCCUCAAGUUUCCUGUUCUGUAUUUGCUUUUCAACCCAGCACUCAGACAUAGAAAUACAAAUCCUAUAUGUUAAUUCAGGAUCAGGACCCAGAUUUAAAACUUGACUCUGACUAUUAAGUGCAAUGAAUGUGUCUGGCUAUUUGGCUAUGUUCCUGCUCUUUUAUUUUUAAGUGGCACUCAAGAGGAUAUCUGCCUCAAAUUAAUGAUAUGCCAAAGACUUGAGAGGGAACACAGACCUUCAGAGAUACAAAACCACUUCUCAGUUGACAAACAGGAUAAAUAGUUUUAUGCUUCCUACAGUUAAUCAUCUCAAAAAGAGUUUGUGUUAAAUUCUAAAGUAGAUACUCAGUCUUGUUUUAACUGUUAGUAGAACCUUAUUUGUUCCAGUAAGAACGACAAAGAAACUUUCUUUUUGACUAUAGUUUAUCUUGUGUUAAAAGACUUUGAUAGAAUACAAACCUCUUUUGUCUCCCUGAAAAGAAAGGGACUUUUAUUCUUUGUGAGAUUUUUAAUAGCUUUUCCAUGUUCUUAGCCUUGACAUGUGGUCACUUCUCUUUACUGAUUAUACUGACUGAAUAUGUCACAGGAUACAUUAAAUCAUCAAAAGAAAUAAUCACAAGAUACUUUCAAUUAAAAUUCUGUUCAUUGUUUAUGCAGAUCAAAUACAAUGUCAUUGUUACAGGGUGUUGAAAUGUAUUCAGGUACUACAUGAUGUACUACAUCUCCAUCAUCUUCAGUAAGUUGUAGAGAACAGGAGAGGUACCUGAGAACUGGAGGAAAGCAAAUGUCACUCCAGUCUUCAAAAAGGGCAAGAAGAAGGAAUCAGGUAACUACAGACCAGUCAGCCUCACCUCCAUCCCUGGAAAAGUGGUGGAACAACUUAUCCUGGGUGCUGUCUGGAUUUUAGUGAAGCAUAUCUCCCAAAGCAUCCUCACAUCAAAACUGAGAAAGUGUGAGCUGGAUGAUCAAGUAGUGAGGUGGAUUGUUAACUGGUUGAAGGGAAGAAGGUAGAGAGUUCUGAUCAAUAGGGCAGGGUCUAGUUGGAGGUCUGUGUCUAGUGGAGUCCCUCAGGGGUCAGUGCUGGGACUGAUACUCUUCAGUAUUGUUCAAUAUAUUCAUUAAUAACCUUGAUGAGGAAAUAGAGGGCACUGUCAGCAAGUUUACUGAUGAUACUAAACUGGAGGGAGUGGCUGUCACACCAGAAGGCUGUGCUGCCAUCCAACGAGACCUGGACAGGCUGGAGGGUUGGGUGGGGAGAAAUCUAAUGAAAUGCAACAAGGGCAAGUGUAGGGCCUUCCAUCUGGGAAAGAAUAACCCAUGGUUAGUAGGUUGAGAUAGGUUCUCCUACCCCUCUACUCUGCCAUCAUGAGAUCACAUCUGGAAUAUUGUGUCCAGUUCUGGGCCCUUCAGUUUAAGGACAGGGAGCUGCUGGAGAGAGUUCAGCGCAGGGCCACAGAGAUGAUGGAGUGGAGCAUCAGCCUUAUGAAAAGCUGAGGGAGCUGGGACUCUUUAGCUUGGAGGAGACUGAAGGGUGAUCUCCUUAAUGUUUACAAAUAUGUAAAGGGUGAGUGUCAGGAGGAUGAAGCCAGGCUGUUCUGAGUGAUGUACCAUGAUAGGACAACAGACAAUGGGUAUAAGUUGGAACAGAAGAGGUUCCAAAGAAACAUAAGGAAAAACUUCUUCACUGUGAGGGUGAGGGAGCACUGGAACAGGCUGCCCAGAUGGGUUGUGGUGUCUCCUUCUCUGGGGACAGUCAAAACCCACCUGGAUGAGUUCCUGAGUGGCCUACUCUAGGUGGUCCUGCUCUGGCAGGGGGGCUGGACUAGAAGAUCUUUCAAGGUCCCUUCCAACCCUUGAGAUUCUGUGAUUUACAGGGUACUACCUGCUGAAAAAUGACUGGUGUUGUAUGCUUUUUCUAUUAUUUUGCCAAUGCCAUUCACUGACUGCAUUUUUUUUCUUUCUUCUGAAUAAAAGUGUGCU